AUGGCUAAAAUCAAAAACCCAGUGGAGACUGUGGAGAUCCCGGUUCUGUCCUCAGCAUGUGAGGUGGGACUAAAGGCGGGAUUAAAGGCAAUUCCUGCCCCACCCUACCCAUCCCGAGCCAUUCCAACCCAAGACCAAUAUAACAGACCACGUUUGCACAGAACUCUCAUAGUUGAAGAAGUCCAGAGAAGUAAGCAGAGCUCUCUGUAUGAUCCAGAGUCUUGUGAACACCAGGACACAGCUGACGCUGCUUUCCUCAUUGUUUGCAGCAAAGGAAGCCCAAGAGAGAAAAUGCCAAUCUUAAAGACCCACACCACCUGGAUGAUUUUCAUCCAUUACCAUGUCCAGCUACAGCACGAGAGAGAGGACAACCGAGUGAAGAGUGUGAGAAACACUCAAGAAGCCAAUAGGAGGCCGAGGCCGAGGCAGGAAGGCCGAAGAUCCUCAGGUCCUUCUGAUAGCCCAUGGAUUGAGCCUGAAAUCUGGAUCUUCCUGCAAGAGUGGGAAGUGGUGGAAUAUAAAAUGGGGAAGCCAGGCGAGAAAAUGUUCCAGAAGGCCAAGUCCCUUAGCAGGCGCCUCUCUAAGCGGCGUCUGAGGAAGAGCUGGAAGAGCUGUCUUGAUCUGAUGCUGCAGAUGAAGGACCUGCAUGAAACUCUCUGUCACGAGAGGGCAAGGCCUGACCCCUUGUUUUCUCCUUAUGCAUGGGACCUCUACAAGAUCUUGGGCCACAGGUCCCAGAGAGGCCAUUUCCCAGGUCCUUGGUGUGAUGGGCGUGGUUUCCUGCCUGCAGACCAAACUCCUUACCUCUGCAUUGGUGGGGCUGACUCUCCAGGUCUUUCCCCUAGCCCGUGGACAGACCUUGAAAUCAGGAUCUUCCUGCAGCAGUGGGAAGCAGUUGAACUCGGCCACCCAGGCCAGAAGAUGGAGAAGAAGACCAGCGCAGUUUUCCAGCGUCUCCAUCAGUUGGGCCUGAGCAAGACCUUCGAAAGCUGUCUGGACCUGAUGCUCAGCCUGCAGGAUCUGCACAGGACUCUCUGUAAUGAGAGACCAGGGACCAUCCCCUUGUUUUCUCCUUAUGCAGAAGCUCUCUACAGGAUCUUGGGCCACAAAUGUCAGGGAGGCCCUGUCCCAGGUGCUCUGUAUGGAUGGUCUGGGAACUCCCUGUCUUCCAUGGAACCUCAACAUCCAAUGGUGAUGCCAUCUCCAGUAUACCAGUCUUGGGAUGAUGACAUGUCUGCACCUUCUGCACAGCUCCAUGGGAACCCAUCCCCGAUGAUGUCCAGUCAGCAUUCAAUGUUUCCCAGCAAGGAAGCCUGGAAUGCUACCUAUCCAUUGACAGUUCCACAUGGACUUCCCGCCUCUCUCCCUGGAGACACCAACCUUCAGAUGCCAUGGUCAACUUGGGAUGACACCUCAAGUUCUCAGUGA